AUGGAAUUGUCACGUCAUCUGAAAGAAAUGUCUGGAAAAAUCGUAGGCAAAGAGCAAUUCUUCUGGAAAGCUUUCGCUAGAAUGUUUGAGAUAAUUCCACAGCAGUUGUGCUAUAAUGCAGGCAUAGACGCCACGGAUAUUCUCAACAAACUUCGACAUCGCCAUGCGAAUGGUGACAAAUGGAGCGGUGUUGACAUAAACACGGAAUCGGUUCGGAACAAUCUCGAUGCGUGCAUCUGGGAACCGGCACUCGUCAAGAAGAACGCCAUCGUAGCGGCUACAGAAGCAGCGUGUUUAGUGUUGAGCAUCGACCAGACAGUGAAGAAUCCUCGUGCCCAAAGUGGUGGUUCUAUGCCAGGUAUGCCUGGACAGCAGUGA